GUCUGACAUCGGCUAGUAAAUUGAAUCGAGUUUUCUUUUACCCAAGCAAAAUGGCUGACGCGUCUUCGUCGGCGAUGCGCGCAAAGAAAAUACCCGAUAAUUUGUACGACCUGUGCCUGACGAAUUUAGUGAACUACUUGCAGAAAUCUAAGUGCGACAGAAAUGUGCUCCAAGGGAUCCCGGACACCGUCCGCAUGGACGUCUACUACAAGAUGCUACAGGAGAAGAGGCUGUGCAUCCUGGGCGCUGAGCUCUCGGAGCUGGACACAUUCGAGCGUCUGAUGCGGUUCGCCGGCUCACAGCUCAGGCUCCUACAAUGUUUCCAAGCGGUGAUAGAGCACGGAUCCAAGUUGUCCACCGAACUGGCGACCAGCUACCUGGCUAAGUGCGACUGCCGGUGCCACACCCGAGCCUCACUCAUACAUCUCGGGCUAAGACUUGGUGGAUUUCUGAACGAGGCCGGUUGGUACGCAGACGCACAACGCGUGCUAUUGCGUUGCCGCGACCUCUGCCGGGAGAUGCCGCAAACCACACACUACAAGAGACUCACAUUAGAAUGCUGCCAUAGGUUAUUAAACACACAGUCGGCGUACUGCUGCUUCCCUGCAGCGGCGGAGACGUACGCCCUGGCGCUGGACCUGCUGGGCAUGCCCGAUGACGUACACGCCGAGAUGCCUGAACCAUUCGCAGCCGCUGAGGAUGAACGCAUUGAUCCUAAUGAUCCAGAACACAAAUGCGACUCGGUGUGGUGGGUCCGCGGGUGCUGCGGGCGGUGCGGCGCGGGCGCGUGGGGCGCCACGUCGCUGCUGGCGCGCGUGUGCAAGGAGUUCUCCGCGCUCGCCUUCGUGCGCUGCGACUACUCCGCCGCAUACGACUGGGCCAUGCGCGCGCUCAAACUGCUCACUCCACACACACCGCCUAAGAUCACGAUCGAGGUGCUCCGCGCGUGCGGCAAGGCGUGCGUGGUGAAGCGUCGGUUCGGGUCGGCCGGGCUGCUGGUGCGGCAGGCGGUGGCGCUGGCCCGCCGCGCCUUCGGCACGCACCACCCGCGGUACGCCGCCGCGCUGCUCGACCUCGGCUUCUAUCUGCUCAACAUUGAUUCUAUCGUGCACUCCGUCGCCGUUUAUGAGGAGGCGCUGUGCACGCUGCGCCGCGUGUUCGGUCGCAGCAGUCUGCACGUGGCGACGGCGCAGGAGGACCUCGCGUACGCGCUCUAUGUACUCGAGUACUCCUCCGGACGGUUCUACAAGGCCAGGGACCAUGCCGAGCGGGCCAUACGGAUCAUUGAGAACUUGGUGCCCCCAGACCAUCUACUACUGGCGUCCGCCAAGCGGGUGAAGGCGCUCAUCCUCGAGGAAAUCGCACUCGAUACCCCUGCUGGACAGGAUAUGGCGGCGCCCAGUUUGUUGGAGGAGUCGGAGGCGCUGCACAAGGCGGCGCUGGAGCUGUCCAUGAUGGCCUUCGGAGAGAAGAACGUGCAGACUGCCAAGCAUUAUGGCAACCUCGGCAGACUCUACCAGAGCAUGCACAAGUUCCAGGACGCGGAAACAAUGCACUUGAAGGCUAUAGCCAUUAAAGAGGAGUUGCUGGGACCCGAGGACUACGAGGUGGGGCUGAGCAUCGGCCACCUCGCCUCGCUCUACAACUACCACAUGAACAUGCACUGCGCCGCCGAGAAACUAUAUCUGCGCUCCAUUUCUAUCAGCUUGAAGCUGUUCGGCGAGCGUUACUCUGGUCUGGAGUACGACUACCGCGGCCUCGUGCACGUCUUCACACAACUCAAGCGACACGACCGCGCCAACCAUUACAACAGGCUGCUGCAGCACUGGCAGGGUCAGUACUGGACAUUUUAUACUAGACUGGACGCCUUACUAAACUGCGUCUCGCAUCACCGUGACAUGUUUAUGAGACUUGUAUAA